UGAGAAACAUCUCUAAACUAAACUAAACAAACAUGACGAAUAUGAAAGAUUUCUAAAACUGUGUGUUCAUGUCUGUUAAAGGUGUUUCUGUUGAAGGAAGUCAAAGCAGUUUUGUUAAGGGAUCUUCUGCAGAGUGUCGUCUGUCUGGCGUUCGGCCGCGGAGACGUUGGUCCUGUCAGAUGGGCUCUCUGGAGCUGACGGUGAAAUCUAUGCUGGAACUUCGGCAGCUGGAUUCUCUUUCUAAAGGCCGUAUAGAGCGGCUCGGGGUCGAGGAGCGGGGCAGCACCUUCAGUCUACAGGAUUGUAGUAAAACACAUCAAGUUCGACCUCAUUCCGCUUGGCUCGCCCCGGCUUCGACGCCAGAACCUGAGGGUGUUGUGGUGUACGCGGAGGAUUGGCCCAGCCUGUCUGAAUCUUCAUCCGAGCUCCAGGCCUCGACUGCAGAGGGAAAGCCGCAGGACGGCCGGAGCUCCUCCAGUGGAUUCUGCAGCGGUGAAUCUAGUCCAGAUCAAGACCAUGCAGAUCAAUCUCACAUUGACACAAAGAGUUUUCAACCUGAAGAUGUGACGGACAGCGUUAACACCGAGACCCAAAACCGAACCGAAGGAAUCUCGCCACAUUUUCAUGCCCAAAAGUCCACUUGGAGGACCACAGAGCCCACCAUCAACCCUCAGAAAACAUGUUCUGGAAACAGCUCAGAAGACGUAGGAGAUGUGAAGCCUUGCGAGCGUGAUCCAUUAAUGUGGUCCUCACCACAGAGGAGUCAUCCGUACCUGAGCAGGGUGCUCCAGAAAUCUGCUUCAAUACAAAAUCUGCCAACAGACGGUUUUUCCAGCUUUUCCAACAUGUUUGGAAAGAAGAAGAAGAGGCUGGAAAUAUCGGCCCCCUCCAACUUUGAGCACCGCGUUCACACGGGCUUCGACCCGCACAAGCAGACGUUCACCGGACUGCCACAGCAAUGGCAGAGUCUGUUAGCUGACACGGCUAACCGCCCCAAACCCAUGGUGGAUCCGUCCUACAUCACCCCAAUUCAGCUCGCCCCUAUGAAGAUAUCUCCCAAGAAAGUCCGGUUGGCCGAAUCGCCGUUGCGAAAAACUAUUGUCCGCGGCAGCAGGCCACCCAAGGACGCCUCCAUCAACGGCCUGCUGGAGGAGUUUGACAACAUCUCUGUGACUCGCUCCAACUCUCUUAGAAAAGAAAGUCCACCUGGGGCUCACCAAGCCGGCACCGACAAACCGCUAUCAGCUUCGGCGGCGAACGCCGGCGGCCCGGAGGAGAACGGCUUCGCUCACCGUUACGGACGUUACUCCUGCGACCUGGACGGCAGCAAGGACUUUUUGCCGGACCCCUACCGUGACAAAAAUGUCCACGACGGGGAGUGGGCGGUCGGACGGCACUACCGUUUCUCUCUCAAACAGAACGGUCAUCCAAUCCGGAGUCCGUUUUACCCCGACGCCAUGCCGCAGAAAUCUUCGGACUAUGCCAAGAUGCCUCCGGACUACCACGCCUACUUGGAGAGCAAAAUGCGACUGUCAACGGACGAGAUGACCACGGGAGGCAGAAGGGAAUACUACCGAGCCUCUCUGGGUGGAUCCAGUCAGGAUUACAGGGAACAGGCGCUCGGAACCCCCUCCCGGGUCUCCGUCCGCAGCGACCAGGCGAACUUCCCCGAUGGAGAUUGGGGAUACGGAGCGGGUCUCCGGGACGAUUACGACAAGAGGCCAAAGUCUUCGUACGUCAGUCAGACGAGUCCCCGGCCGGCCAUUCGCCAGCGUUCCAGGUCGGGUUCGGGCCUGCAGGAGCCCAGCCUGCCGUACGGGAUGGGUGUGUUUAAAACUGCGGUGCAAGGGCCGUACGGCUCCUAUACGUACCCGAGACUUUCAGAAAACGCUUCCUCGCUCAUCAUCGGCAAGGGCGAGUAUGACAGAGCGUCUCGUGACGGCAGUCCACAGAUACCGGGGGCUGAGACGUAUCCGCGCGGGCCCCUUAAACUACCUCAGAGCCACAGCAAACCCGGUUACCAUCCCGGUUUCCAGUAUCCACCGCCCUUUCACUACAAGCCUUCACCCUAUCACCACCCAGCCUCGCAACCCAGCCCUCCUUACACCCCACAGGGCGCUCACUCCCAGCCGUCGUCUCCUUACAUCCCGCCCGGGGCGUAUCCCCCGCCCAGCUGGGGCUCGGCUUCGGAGCAGCCGCCCUCUAGGGUGUCGCACGAGCAGUUCCGGGCGGCCUUGCAGCUGGUGGUGAACCCGGGCGACCCGCGGGAAUACCUGGACAACUUCCUAAAGAUCGGAGAGGGCUCCACGGGCAUCGUGUGCAUCGCCACGGAAAAGCACAGCGGCAAGCAGGUGGCGGUUAAAAAGAUGGACCUCAGGAAACAGCAGCGACGAGAACUUCUCUUCAAUGAGGUGGUUAUAAUGCGGGAUUACCAUCAUGAGAAUGUUGUUGACAUGUAUAAUAGUUAUCUGGUUGGUGAUGAACUCUGGGUAGUGAUGGAGUUUUUAGAGGGCGGAGCCUUGACUGAUAUCGUCACUCACACCAGGAUGAAUGAGGAGCAGAUCGCUACGGUGUGUCUGUCUGUGUUGAGAGCUCUGUCGUAUCUGCACAAACAGGGUGUUAUUCACAGAGACAUCAAGAGCGAUUCCAUCCUCCUGACCAGCGACGGACGCAUUAAACUCUCAGAUUUUGGUUUCUGUGCUCAAGUGUCUAAAGAUGUUCCCAAGAGAAAGUCUCUGGUCGGGACGCCGUACUGGAUGGCACCUGAGGUCAUCUCCAGAUUACCCUACGGCACCGAGGUGGAUAUCUGGUCUCUAGGUAUCAUGGUGAUCGAGAUGGUUGAUGGAGAACCUCCGUACUUUAAUGAGCCUCCACUUCAGGCCAUGAGACGAAUUCGAGACAACCUGCCCCCUCGACUGAAAGAGUCUCAUAAGGUAUCAUCUGUUCUUCAAGCCUUUCUGGACCUGAUGUUGGUGAGAGAGCCGUCACAGCGAGCUUCGGCCCAAGAGCUCUUACAGCAUCCAUUCCUGAAGCUGUCGGGACCGCCGUCCUGUAUCGUACCCCUGAUGAGACAUUACAGACUUCACUAAACACACGUCACGCUAUUGUACCCAGUUUAGAUCGUCACUUCAUGAACACGAGCAGAAGACGAAACCUUUGAUUUUAUUAGAUGUGUAAAGUUUUCUUCUGUGUGAACCGUAGUAAAGCUGGUCGGUCACAUUAUCAAACAGCAUCUUUUCGCACUAAGAACAAAAGAUGUAUUUUAGAGAGCAAUUGUAAGUUUUACUUGUACAGUUUUGAUAAACCACAGUAUUUUUGUUGUGAUGUUACCACGAUUUAAGGGGCAGUGUUACGCAGAAUUUGAAAGUUUAUGCAAAAUAAAAAAGAUUUCGUACCUGUUUCUAUUUAAUUUGUUUUUUAGGUACAGUCAUUUAAACACCCUGUUGCAGAAAGAUAUGUGAAAUAUAUAUAUAUAUUUAUUCUACAUUUGUAAAUAUUCCUGUAAGAGUGCAAAGGUCACGCCAGACCUGUACGAGCUGGGUGCUUUUGUUUUUUAUUUCUAAACAGAAAGUUGAGAGUUUUCUGUGUCGUGGCUCUUUUCUCAUUAGUGCUCAUUUUUUGACAAGUUCCAGCGAGCGCUGCUGGCUGUGUCAUAUACCAGAUAGCAAUAGUGAAACAAGAUCUUUCACACAAAACCUUUUAAAGUUCAUCAAACACGAGCAAUACUUACAUUGGUAAUAAUCCGUCCCAGUGUUUUCUCCGUGUCUCACCGUCUCUUGUGUCUCAGUGCUCACUGUGAUCUAUAAAUAUAAACGUAUAAACGUUCUGCCAUAACCUGUAGGAUGUACAGAUCUCAUGUUGGGUUUGUAUAGCGCUAUUGCAUGUCUUGUCACCAAAAGCUGGUUUCAAUAAAAAACAACACACAAACGUG